AUGCCUCGAGGAUUUCUGGUGAAGAGGACCCGGCGGUGCUCAGCCUCCUACCGGCCCCGACACAAGACCACAUCUGGACCGUAUGACGGCGACGGGAGCAGCAGCAACAACACAGAAGCGACCAGAGUUCCGGCGAAGGAGAACUACGUGUUGCAUGUCUCCCCGUUUGACCGGACAGAUGGAAUGCUCCCGGUGUUCCGCGAGGACCCCGCCGGUGGCAGAGAGGCGUGGAGCCCGCACGUGGAGUCCGCGCUGGAGGCUGAGGCGGACCGGCGUGCGCAGUUACCGGAGACCGAGGAGCAGGUGAGCGAGGUGGACGUUUUAACUCCGGACGGUCCCGACUUCUCCUGCUUCUUCCCGCCUCCUCCACCUCCACGCGACCUGUCGUUACCGGUGUCCUGCAGCGCCGUGAAACCGGUCGGCACGAGGAUGCUGGAGCGGCACGAGGACCCAGAGAAGCUGCCGGUGCUCCCCGGCAGGUGCCUGACAUCGUCAUCCUCCUGCCCGGGAUCGGAGUUACCGGAGCUGCCGUUCCUGGUGAGCUCCACACCGGCUUCUAUAGAGCGGCUCCUCGCGGGAGGCAGCAGCCGCCACCACGCACCACCCUACGGUACCUCUGACCCGAGCAUGACCCACGUGCACCUGUUCCCGCCGAUGACGUUAAUGAACCCGGAGCAGCAACAUGCGGAGAGGAAACGCUCGUUACUCGAACCGGAUCAGCGCGUGAGACACAGCAAACAGUCCGCCGGUAACCAAACAAAGAAACCCAAAGUGAACCGGAGGCUGAACUUCGAGGAUGAGGUCACGACCUCUCCGGUGCUGGGUCUGCGGAUCAAGAAGGAGAGUCCGGAGAUGAGGAGGCAGCGGGAGAAGUCGUGCGUGUCCACCGGGAACCAUCCGCUCCGGGAGUUCAUCUGCCAGCUGUGUAAGGAGGAGUACUCGGACCCGUUCUCCCUCGCGCAGCACAAGUGCUCCCGCAUCGUGCGCGUGGAGUACCGGUGUCCCGAGUGCGACAAGGUCUUCAGCUGCCCCGCCAACCUGGCCUCUCACCGCCGGUGGCACAAACCGCGUCCGGUGAACAACCAGGGAGCAGAGACCCCCACCAACAACAAGAGCCAGCCGCUAAAGGAGGCGCGCGGGCUCCUCCAGCACGAGCGGCCGCCGGUAGAGAUGGAGGGUAAAGAGAACGAGCUGCUGCGCGUCCACGCCAAUCAGCACCACCGGGCACCAGACAGCUCCCGAAUCAGGCGAGAACAGUCCCUGCUCCUGCUGCGCGCUCGCUCCCGGGACAGCCCCGACACCGACAGCCUCCCGCCGCCUCCUCACUACGACUCCUCCCCGCCCCGGUACCGGCUCCCGGGGGAAAGCCGCCUGGAGCUGCAGCAGCAGGUGAGAGCGGCGGACAGUCCCCCGCCCAGCCUGCUGCUGCUCAACGGAAACCCGGAGGAGCAGCAACCGCCGUCUCUCUCACACCCGCACUUACCGUUCGUCCAGUCGUUACCGGAGGAGGAGGUGUACGAGUGCCGGUACUGCGGGAAGAAGUUCCGGCGGCAGGCUUACCUCAAGAAACACCUGGCCGCGCACGAGGCGACAGCGCAAGCGCCCCCGCCCCCGCCCCCUACCGCGUACGGUCAGGCCCGCGACAGCAGCCAGGUGUUCCUGUGUCACCUGUGCGGCGCGCGCUUCCCGUCGGUAGAAAUCCGGGACAAGCAUCAUCUGUGGCACGCGAUGAGGGACGAGUUACUGGCUGGAGGAGGAGGAGGGGUGUUCCGCGCGCACCGAGAGGAGAUCGGCACCGAGGAGUGUGAUCAGCAGCAGCAGCAGAUAUUCACGUGCAAACACUGUCCGUCCACGUUCUUCAGCUCACCGGGGCUCACGAGACACAUCAACAAGUCUCACCCCACCGAGAACCGGCAGGUGAUGCUGCUGCAGAUGACCGUGAGACCUUAG